AACACACGUGGGGAACAAAUGUCACGCUGACAAGAGAACAAAGUUAGAAAAAGUUAGAAACAUAAGCAGAGCACGGGAAUCGCAUUCGUUUCCCAUUUGUGUUGUGAGCUUCAAAUAAUUUGGCAGCUGAUUGGCCGUAAAUUAGUAACCUACCUUUGCAAGGCACGCGAAUAAAUUCCAAAAUGAGCGACGACUACUUAAGGAAACCAUUUUCAUUAGCGCCCGCACCAGCCGUCGAUGAUCCACAGACAUCAGCAUCAACAAACUACACACCGGCCACGAGCACAUUCAGCAAUACUCCGGUCUCGCCAUACCUCAACUAUGAUUCACGUUUCCUGCGGCAAGCGCAACCUGAGUUCAUAUUCCCCGAGGGCGCCAACAAGCAGCGAGGACGAUUUGAGUUGGCCUUUUCACAGAUUGGUACAUCUGUGAUGAUUGGUGGUGGCAUUGGUGGCCUGGCGGGCGUUUACAAUGGCUUUAAAGUUACUAAUGCGCUAAAUCAGACGGGGAAGCUGCGUCGCACUCAGUUGAUAAAUCACGUCAUGAAACAGGGUUCCGGUACGGCGAACACCUUGGGUACGUUGGCUGUGCUGUAUUCGGCGUGUGGAGUGUUGCUGCAGUAUGCUCGUGAUCAAGAUGAUAAUGUAAAUACUGUAAUAGCUGGUACUGCAACUGGACUGCUAUACAAAUCAACAGCUGGCCUGCGAAAAUGUGCCCUGGGUGGCGCUAUUGGUUUGGGCAUCUCGUCGCUCUAUUGCUUAUACCUGCUGGCGCAAGAGAGCAACAACACAAACUCCUCAAGUCCUAAAUUCCUGUAGGUGAGACGGCCUAGCUUUUUAAAAAAUAAAAAAAACCAUUGAAUCGCUGUAGCUGCCCAUCGUACGUGGUCAAUGGCUGAUCUAUCUACACAUGCUGUGUAGUCGCCGUUUCGAUGCGCUUAACCGUCAAAUAUAUAGUUUUGUUUUAUAUUAUAAAUACAUAUAUAUAUAUAUUUAGAUUUAUCUGGACAC